GUUUACCAUAAGUUUAGUCUCCGUUUUGAUACGAAUUGUAAGUUUUAGUGAAAAUAUGGUUCAUAAUAAUGGAUAUAUUGGACAACGAUAUAGAAGUGGACAAUAAUAACGAAGCGAUGGAAGCAAUAAAUGGUGAUAAAAGACACCGAAGAAGUCAGAGAUCCGCUGAAUACAAGUCUUGGGAUCUAUACGUCUACACCAUUGCUAUGUUUGUCAAUCACUUCGCUGUUGGUGUUAACUCUGGCAUCGGUGGCCCAGCGCUCGUGGACUUAAGAUAUAUGUUAAACACGACAAUAAAUUUGAUAUCAAUUAGUCUUGUCAUCAAUAAUAUUGGAUAUCUAUCCGGCUCUCUGUUCGGACUUCUAUACAAAUACAUUAAUAGACAGUUAACUAUAGUCGUAAUAAUGGCAGCCAUGGCCGCGUCGAUAACGCUGAUACCCGACUGUCCCAACCUAUGGAUUCUGUAUUUAUUUCAAUACGCAAUCGGUUUGGGCGCCGGUAUCUGGGAUACGGCUAACAACGUGUGGCUGAUCGAGAUGUGGCCCCAGAAUAGCUCACCGGUGCUCCAGUUCUCGCAGUUCAUGUACGGCUUGGGCUCCGUAUUUGGUCCCAUAAUCGUGAAGCCAUACCUCACCGGUGAGACCAAUCACACGCUGGCCAUCCAAUUGAGUGAUUUUGGUGAUAUCACAAGCACUCCAUCAGCACCUGUAGAUAGACGUGCGCUCCUGAGGACUCCGUACCUCAUCAGUGGAAUCCUUCAAGGAUUCAUACCGGUUGUGUUCCUAAUCAUGUAUUUCGUGAAACAAUACAAAAGUCGCGAUCAAAGACUGAAACGCAAGGACUCGUCUGAAAGUCUGUUAAGCGAUCAUUUGGACGAUAGAGACGACGGUGCCGUCCGUUCUUCUCAAAUAGAGGACAACUGCUUGGAGAGCACAUACAGCCCGAUAACGUCCAAGAAAUAGCAUGUGUUUUC